GCUGUUGCUAAGCUAGCGCAACUUGUAGCACUUUAUUUCCUCCAUCAAACUUCAUGAACUAAUGUGUAAUAAAUGUCUUGACAAGUCACUAGCGCUGCUGCACACUUAUUAUGGUGUUACACUGCAUAAAUGAUGGCAUCUGUAGGUGGUUUCCCAUCUCCAGAGUCAACAGUCACCUCGUUGUUGGCAAGUUCGGGACGACUUAGAAGCUCCUUGCAGCCGGAGCCAUUACCCUCUAUCAAAUACAAAGACAGGCUUUAUGAUUCGGCCUCUAAUGCCUUGGAUGCUUACAUUGCUGAUUUUCAGACUUCAAAAUUAUCUGGGCAGCUGGAGCUUUCUGAGGACCAGAACACACCUCGUCUGAGUCGGUCUGGUUUCAGGAACAGAGAUGUGCUGAAAGAGAGCCUGACUGAUCGAGAGUUGGAUUUCCUGAAGCUCCCUGUCGCUUCGAAACACAGAGACUCAGACCAUGUCAGCGUGACCACUGAUGACCUGCUGCUACUUCCAGUCGAUGGCUCCCUCCCUGUGACCCACACUUCUGCUUUUUUGUCCCGAUUAGGAAGCUACAGGUUGGGGGACCGCACUAACUCCAGUCGCUGGUCUCAAUCCAAACCUCCUGGAGCCUCAUAUAAGUCAUCAAAUAGCUCUUCUGCAUUGAGAACUCUGUGUGUGGAUGAUUUACUGACGGAACAUUCAAGAUUUGAACGUCCAACACUUUGUUCUAAUUCUUUUCUAACCACAAAGACAAAAAGACAUCGGUCACGUUCAUCCCAUCACAUUCCAAGAUGGAUGACCAGUCACAAGUCAGAGAUGGAUUUUUCUGGUUUGACUAGCGUUCCUGAUCUGAAGUAUCCAGCCUGGCUUGAAGACUUCAAUACAAAACUUCAAACAAACCCAGUUCCAUCCUGGAUUAAUGAGCUGGAGCAGAACACUGAUGAGGGUCAGAAGGAGUCUAACAGUCUUGAAAACAUCAUAGAUCAAAGACGUGCCUGUGAAAGUGAGGAACCAUUUAGAGAAGAUAAGAUUGGCUCUCUUAUCCAACGGGUGGAGGAAAUGCUGAAAUCGCCUUCUUUAGGUUUUCCUAGUUCAAUUAAAGAGCAACAUGACAGUCCAGGGAACACGGAGGAGCUACUGGAUGCUGAUCGCUCAUGGGACAAUCCUCCGGUUGUGUUUAAGUCUCCAGUACCAGUAAGCAACUCUAUAGAACAAGAAGAAUCUCAGAAGGACACCAAGGAAAAGUCUUCAGGCUCGUUUUCUUCAGGUUACAGCAGCAGGAAACACCCAGGUCCAGUCGAGGCCCUCAAACAGAUGUUGUUCAGCCUUCAGGCUGUGGAACAGAAAGUCACACAACAAAAAGAUGAAUUAUGCAUUUCCAGUGGAUCUGUGCCAUAUCUACUCACACAGGUGGAGAAAGACAGUAAGGAGGUUUCUCAUCUGGAUAUUGAAGAUUAUGAUUCAGCCCCUGGUGGACAAUCUUUAAUGAGAGCUUUGCAUCACCUGGGGAGAUUAAAAAGCCUCGUGGAUGAAAUGAACGAGAGGAAGGCCAGAGAAGUGCAACAGGGUGGUUCAUAGCUCUUAGCUAACUGCUUUUUCAUGCACCAUACGCCAUAUAUGCUUAGCUUUUUUGUGUCAUUGUAUUAGUUCUACAAAAAACAUGUCAUGUUUUAGAAUUUUUAUAUAAUGAUAAUGUAUUUAUAGACAGCAGUGACUCGAUCUCCGUCAUAUGGUUUACUUAAUUUAUGUUACUUUUGAAGCAGUGCCUUGUGAUAUGUUUAUUAAUAACACUUUUGUACAAAGUUGUACUAUAUAUAGAUUCUUAUAUAUUGAUUGUUUUGCUUUUAAUUCUAAAUAAAUUGUUUAAA